GCAGGCAGGCCUGGGCCAAGGAGGAGGGAAGAUGUGUUGGCUUCAGUGACUCCUCUCUGAGGAAGAAUGUGGCCCCGGGGCAGAAGGAGGCCUCCCCACUCACCCUGGGGACGUUGUACUGUCCCCAAACCUCUAGGAUGAGGGUUCAUCCUCCGGUUCCAUCUAGUCUUCCAUCUCAUCCCUGCCCCUCAGGCACAGGAUAAAUGGAAGAACAGGAUUCAUUUGUGCCCCCAAACAACUCUGGGACAGAGCUUUUCACAAAGGCUUUAGACGGAGCUAAGCUUCUGCUGAAGGCUCAGCACAGCUGGCAUCUGUUUGGAGGGCCUGGAUAUAGAGAUACUGAGGAGUCUUCAUGAUGACGCCUGACUGUGGGGAAGGGGUGCAUCCUCCCAACGCUGCCUGAACACAGAGGCAGAGGAAGUAGGCUUCGCUAAUUCAGCAAGUGGGUUAGGGCACACUCUAAAGAGGGACUUCCUGUGUCGGGGCUGAGACACUGAUGGGCCACGAGACUCUAAAAGGAGGAUGGGGCUAUUCCAGAGCUGAUCCUCGGGAGCCAGGAGGAUGGGAAGAUGUGAGAAUCCUUCUUUUCAGACCUCUGACCCUAAGGAAUUGGAGUCCGGAGACCCAUGAUGUGAAUUAUUUGAAAGAGGAGGCAAAGACAGAGCAAGGCAUGUGGUGCUUGUGGGGAGGUUGGUAAGGCAGGAGAGGCAGAUGGGAGGAACUGGGCAUUCCCCUCCCCCCCACACCUUUCUCAUUGUCCCCAACCCCCUGGUGCUUUCUCUUCAGCUCCCCUCGACAUCAUUAGUCUGCUGCCAGAGAGGCUGGAAACCAGGGCAAGGUGUGUGUGGAGGAGUGAGGGAAUGAUCACCAUUUUGCCUCCUGCUCACUUUUACACUCUUGUUCUCACUUCCUGCCUCUGGCAGAAAAUAGCCCUGCCCCUCUGGCUUAUCUCAGCAAAAAGCAGUGCCCAGCCCAGCUCAGAGGGCAAUGGGACAGAUCCCAGAGGCCCUGAGGAGGUUUCCACUGCUGAUGAAGCUGUGACCAAACGCACCCACCACUUGGCAGCCCUCUGUCCCUGCAGCCAUAGUCCACAUUCCCAUGCCCUGCCUCUGCUUGUUUUGGGACCAUCUCUCUACAGCCUCUAGGCCCCAGCCCCAGAGGUGAAUGCCAUGCCCUGACCCUGGUGUGCCCCAUGGCAUCCCCAACCUAGCUCUCAUUACACAUUUGGCACGAUGUCAGCAAACACCUCAACCAACAGUUCUGUUAUCGAGUGUCCUGACUACCGAUCUACCCACCGCCUGCAUAUGGUGGUCUACAGCUUGGUGCUGGCUGCCGGGCUCCCCCUCAACGCGCUGGCCCUCUGGGUCUUCCUGCGCGCGCUGCGCGUGCACUCGGUGGUGAGCGUGUACAUGUGCAACCUGGCGGCCAGCGACCUGCUCUUCACCCUCUCGCUGCCCGUGCGUGUCUCCUACUACGCACUGCACCACUGGCCCUUUCCUGACCUCCUGUGCCAGACGGCGGGCGCCAUCUUCCAGAUGAACAUGUACGGCAGCUGCAUCUUUCUGAUGCUCAUCAACGUGGACCGCUACGCCGCCAUCGUGCACCCGCUGCGACUGCGCCAUCUGCGGCGGCCCCGCGUGGCGCGGCUGCUCUGCCUGGGCGUAUGGGCGCUCAUCCUGGUGUUCGCCGUGCCCGCCGCCCGCGUGCACAGGCCUUCGCGCUGCCGCUAUCGGGACCUCGAGGUGCGCCUAUGCUUCGAAAGUUUCAGUGAUGAGCUGUGGAAGGGCGGGCUGCUGCCGCUCGUGCUACUGGCCGAGUCGCUGGGCUUCCUGCUACCCCUGGCUGCGGUGGUCUAUUCGUCGGGCCGCGUCUUCUGGACGCUGGCGCGCCCCGACGCCACGCGGAGCCAGAGGCGGCGGAAGACGGUGCGCCUCCUGCUGGCCAACCUCGUCAUCUUCCUGCUGUGCUUCGUGCCCUACAACGCCACGCUGGCGGUCUACGGGCUGCUGCGGAGCAAGCUGGUGGCGGCCAGCGCCCCUGCCCGCGAUCGUGUGCGCGGGGUGCUGAUGGUGAUGGUGCUGCUGGCCGGAGCCAACUGCGUGCUGGACCCGCUGGUGUACUACUUCAGCGCCGAGGGCUUCCGCAACACCCUGCGCGGCCUGGGCACUCCGCACCAGACCAGGAUCUUGGCCACCAAUGGGACGCGGGAGGCGCUCGCGCAAGCCGAACAGUCCGUCACCACCGACGCCACCAGGCUGGAUGCCGCCAGUCAGGGGCUGCUCCGACCCUCCAAUUCCCACCCCCUGUCUUCCUUCACACAGUGUCCCCAGGAUUCGACCCUCUGAACGCACAUCAUGCGAUAGCGCGGUCCGUGCCCGACCCCCGGCGCCUCUGAUUCUGGGAGGUUUUCAGGGUGUACACACAAGAAGGUGGGCUUUGGAUCUUUGGGUAGCAACUCCAGUUUAGGAACGCAGACGAGUACAAAGUGUGGAAGCCAGGGCCCGGGGAAGGCAGUACUGCUGGAAAUGACCCCUUAUACUGUGAGCGCGCAGCGGACCCCUUCUCCAGAGGUGGGAAGUGAUGCAGAGAGCCCACCGGUGCAGAGGGCAGAUGAGGACAGAAUGCCUACUGGUGGGCGGGGCAUUAAACUGCUAAAAGCUGAUUAGAUGGAACAAAAUGAGCAUUCCGGAUUUAAACCACCACAGGGGCCUGAGAGCUGAACAGCCCCGGGUUGGAUGGACCAAGCUACUGAGAUGCCUGUUCAUCUGCUGUCUAGGGUCAUGAGUGCCGCCCACUUUCAUUUCUGCCUAGGCUUCCCCUACUCACCACAGAGUUCCAUAGGGACAGAACUAGGUUCUUUCUCACUUAGUGACUUGUGACAGUUUAGACCUGGCACCCAGCAUGGGGCAGUUGGAGCAGGGCAAAACUGACUUGUUUCCCCCUUGCCAAAAUUCAAGUCCAAACCCUUUUUUAGGUUAACCUUUCUUCCACCAUGCCCCUUUUCAGGGCCUCCUCCAUUCUAGGUCCUUAAUAUGCUGUCUCUCUCUGCUUUGUCCAGAGCAAGGAGAAAAUUCUUCCUACUAAAGCGUUGGUUCUCAAACUUUUUGGUCUUAGACCCCUUUACACUCUUAGAAAUUGAGGAUCUCAAAGAGCUUUGCUUAUAUUUUGUUGUUUUGAUGCUUGCCAUACUAGAAACUAAGCAAAUACCUUUUUAAAACAAAUACACAAGCACACAUUCCAUUAGCCACGAGAACAAUAAUGUCAUCACACACACUUCAUGAAACCUCUGGAAAACUCUACAGUAUACUUGUGAGACAAUGAGAGUGAAAGGGCCAGAUAACACCUGUGUAGCAGUAUUAUGAAAAUAGCUUGACCUCGUGGACUUCCUCGAAGGGUUGGUCCCUGGAUCUCAUCAUGCUUUGAGAACCAUACUUGUCCUGAAGUAUUAGAGUUCAUGGCUAACUUCUUCCCAGGGCAUUAUAUACAGUGCUUUUUAUUACUGUGGGGAGAGGGCAGGGCUAACAAAUUAAUUACUACUGAUAGUCUUCAUCUGCAGCCCUAGGAGUAGUGCAUCCAAUGGAACACUACCCUGGGCAUAUCAGAGCAGCAGCCCUGCGACUGGGGUGGGAGACUGGGGGGUGGAACUAGUCACACACUCAGUGGAAGGGGAUGGGACUUCUCUAGGUGAGGGAAAAGGGAAUUGUGCCACAGCCAGGAGAGAAGAGUUUAUGGGUAAGUUAAGAGUGACAUGGAAGGACAGGAAUGGUCUGUCCGUUCUUAGCAAGCUGGAAGCAAAGGAAAUGGGCCAUCUACUAUUCCUUCCCUCUUUACCCAAGUUGGGGGCUCUGAGAGGCUGCAGAAUUGGUACUUGUGUACUUCUUCAGACCUUGACAUUACUGAGGGAGUGUUUGCCCUGUGUGCGUCCCGUAACAUUUCUGUCCCUAUGUCUCAAUAUUGUAUUUUCAUCUGUGUGUGUGUGUGUGUGUGUGUGUGCGCGCGCGCGCGCGCUGUGCGUAUGAUUGAGAGAGAGAAAGAGAGAGUGAGAGUGUCAGGGUUCUUCUCCGUGUGUGUCCGUGGUUUAGUCCGGGGUAGCCUUUUGUGUGUGCCUUUAUGCCAGUGCUCCAGAUGGUGAUUUACAGGGGUAAAAUGACCCCUGGUGGCCAAAUCAGAGAACUGACCCAGAUUCCUCAAGGAUAGCCAUGAAAUCCGGGCCUUUCUCCAUCUAGGUGGAGGCUGGAGCCUGGAGCACUGCGCUUACCUCUAGCGGCUGUGGAAGAGGGGUGGUAAUUAGCACCCGCUCCAUCUCUCUUCAUCCUCCGGGUUCAAGACCUGCACCCUUCCUGUCCUGAGAGCACCAGCAGCGCCAAACCUCAUAGUCCAAAAUCUCAGCACUUUGCCCUAUUCAAACAGAAUCAAACAUAAUUUUUAAAAACUACUUGAGUACUUUCAUUUUUUAUUUCAUUUUAUUUUUUGAGACAGAGUCUCAAUCUGUUGCCCAAGAUGGAGUGCAGUGGCGUGAUCUCAGCUUACUGCCACCUCCGCUUCCCGGCUUUGGGUUCAAAUGAUUCUCCUGCCUCAGCCUCCUGAGCAGCUGGGAUUACAGGUGAGUGCCACCACAUCCAGGUAAUUUUCGUAUUUGUAGUAGAGACAGGGUUUCACCAUGUUGGUCAGGCUGGUCUCAAACUCCUGACCUCAGGUAAUCUACCUGCCUCAGCCUCCCAAAGUGCUGGUAUUAUAGGUGUGAGCCACCGUGCCCAGCCACUUGAGUACUUUUAUAGGCAGGUAUGUGAGUGAGUUCCAAAGUAAUUAAAACUCACGGCAUGUAUCACUUUCCAACAUACCAUAUAAUUUAUUUAUUUAUUCUAAUUUUUAUAGUUUAUCAUCUCCACCACCCGUCCUAUAUCCUAGGUAGAAUGUAAGCUCCAUGGGGGCAGGGAUUUUUGUUUGGUUCUCUGAUGAUUCCCAGCAUCUAAAACAGAGCCUGGCACAAAGAAAGUGCUCAAUAAAUAUUUGUUGAAUGAA